AAAAUUCGGAAUCUAACCAAAUGCAACAAAGAAGAAUGGAAUUUACGGAAAUCAGUUCACAGUUCGGUAAUAAUCGCGCAUUAUCUGAUACAAUUUCGACGACAAUUACAGAAGAUCAAGCAAUACGCAAACUGCCGAUGUUUGCGUUGGGUACGAGCGAGUGGCAGUUCCGAGCAUUACCAGGGACAUUUGAUGGCGCGAGCUGGGAAGAACCAGAACAGCUGUCGGUUGAGGACACCUGGGAUGAAGAUGGCUCGCCUGCGUUGCCGACGCGAAUCGAGUUGAUGGUCGUGUAUGCUGGAGGACGCCCGUAUGUGGUCCAGAGACGCGUACGGGCGGAUCCGCUUAUGGAGGGUCUGGUGCUACACCCGCUGGAGGUGUUGCCGACGAUUCUGCCUUUCGCUUUGGAACUCGCAGUCUUUACGGCAAAUGGAGGUGAUGGUCUAAACAUCCGACUAAAUAGGAUCGGAAACUCCUCGCCCGCUUACCCGUUCGCAAAACAAGAGGCAGCUGCCCGCUUUCUUAUAAGGACUUCCUUCUUUCUCGUAUAUGAUCUUAUUUGCUCCCCUCCUGCACCCCAGUCCAUCACCACACUUCUUCGCAUUCUACCCGUUGUCAGUCACCUCUCCUCCUCUUCGACUGUGCGGCAAUGGCGUGCCGCCCCUCCUUCAACUGGUCUCAUGGAUUGGGAGCAGCCCAACACUGAGGCUCAAGGAGGUCUGACCAACUCCCCCCAUCUACCCCUCCCGCGCCCGCAACACUACUCUUCGCCCCUCUCCUUGGCCUCAUACCGUCUACUGGGUCCAACGA